UUUUUGCUUCUCCUUUUCGAUUUGCUCCUCGAUCUGUGCGGAUCUUCUUCUCAAACUCUGGCCGAGAUCGAUCUACUGGCAAGGAGGCGUCCACCAUGUCGGACGACGACGACUACAUGUUCGCCCUGAUGCUGCAGGAGCAGCUGAACGCAGAGAGGCAGCCAAAUAAGUCCCCCACACCUGCGGAGCGAAACAAAGACUCGGACUACCAGAUGGCCCUCAAGAUACAGGCCCUCUUGGACUCGGAGAAUGACCCCGGGGAGACGGGGGACGGAGCCAGCGACCUGGACACCAGUCUCCAGUUCGUCUAUCCCUCAAAUCAGAAUCAGCCCAAAUCGCAGAACACCAUGGCCAACAAAAAGAGUACAAAGGGAGGCGAUGCCUCGAAGAAGCCACCAGUGCGCGCCAUUCAGGCCAGCCACGAUGACUAUCUCAACCAGACGCAGAACCUGGUGCAUCCGCAGUGGGAGCUGGUCGAUCCCAAUCCGGACAUCUACUCCAUGUUCAUACGCUUCGACGAGAAGUUCUUCCAGCAGCGCCUGGGCGCCGUCGCCCUCGAAUGGAGCAAGCGGAUGUACUCGUGCGCGGGCAUCUGCUACCAGCGGGGCAAUCGGUUCGUCAAGGAGGUGACCAUAAGACUGAGCGAGCCGCUGCUCAAGUUGCGUCCGCGCAAGGAUCUCGUUGAGACGCUGCUGCACGAGAUGAUUCACGCCUACUGCUUUGUGCUCAACAUCCGCGAGGGCAACGGUGGUCAUGGGCCCAACUUUAAGCGCAUCAUGGAGACUAUCAACAAGGUGGCGGGCACCAACAUCACCGUUUACCACUCGUUCCACGACGAGGUGGCCGCCUAUCGCACCCACAUCUGGCGCUGCACAGGCAUUUGUCAGAACCGCACACCCUUCCAGGGCUAUGUGAAGCGGACCAGCAACCGGGCACCUGGGCCCAAUGACCAGUGGUGGGCAAAGCACCAGCGCGAAUGCGGCGGCACCUUCAUGAAGCUGGGUGAGCCAUCGAAGCCUCCCAAGCCGGAGGCCAAGUCCAGAUCCAAGAAGGCUACUAAGCCGGAGGCUGCGCCCAAGGAUGACAUACGUAACUGGCUGGGAAAGCCGGCAGCCAAGCCACCCACAGAUACAAAUUGGCUGGGAAAGCCGGCAGCCAAGAAGCCAGCCACAGACGCAGCAUUGCUGGGCAAUCUGGUGGGCGCCGUGCCACCGACUUCCUAUCCGGGUCCCUCAUCCAAUCCCUUUGUCAUGCCCAAGCCACCAGCUGCAACUAAGCCCCGUGGGGCAAACAUCAUGAGCUUCGGCGACCUCAACACAAGCGGCGAAGAGAAUGCACCCACAGGUCCAGGUUCACGUUCGAAAGCCACCGCUGAGAUGAGCGGACAGGGUUACAGCGUUGGUGGAACAGCCUCUGCGGAAGUCAUUGAUAUUACCGACGAUUAUAAUCUUAAUCCCUCUCGACUCCGUCAAAUUCGUCUUGAGCGAUUUGGAAAAGUUAGUUCCACAAAGGAGGAGGAUACAGCCCAGACAGAAAAUGGCCAAAAGAGACGCCGUGGGUCCAGUGAUACCGAAAUUGUUAGCUGGGAAUCGUACGACGAUGAUGUGAUGGUCGCAGAUGUGCCCGUGCCCGUGAUAGACCUUGCCGAUAGCGAUAGCGAUGGGGAGCAGCCGGCGAACGACCAGUCCAUGAUGCCAGGGGCUAGGAACACCAUGAGCAGCCAUGAGCGUACGCAGAGCAUAAAGCGCGAGGUGUUCGAGGAUGAAUCGAUCUAUUCCGAGGAUGAUAUCCUAUUCAUUGAUGACGAAUACGACGAUGAGGAGGCUGCCACCAACGAAAGUCUCACAGCGGCCACCGAACUGGCCGAUCAGUCCAUCAUCGACGACAUCUUCGGCGAGGACACCCUGCUGCAGGAGUUCCAGCGCGAGAACGCUGUGCAGCCCAGUUGCUCCAGAUACUCCAACAAUGUGGAUAACGACAUCGUCUCCUGUCCCAUAUGCUUUGAGAAGAUGAAGCGUACGCAGCUGGCAAAUCACUUCGAGGGCUGCACCAUUACAGUGCGCGUGGAGCCGCCAUCGUUUAAGCCAAAAGGCGGACGGCCAAAUGCCACCGCUACCUCCCGGGACUUGGACAGCAGUGCCUCCACCUCGAAACCUUCCACUUCGCGCGGCCCCAAGAAGAAGUCGCAAUCUUCUUCAAAGCAACUUCUUCGCAACUCCGGAUACACUGACAAGGAAAUCGCCGAGCUAAACCUGAGCUCCUCCAGCGAUUCACCCACGGUGCUAUCUAGCGAGGAUGAACUCACUCCCCGCCAGCGCCGUCAGCGCAAUCUCUUCAAGCAGACUGUGUGCUGCCCCAAAUGCGGCCAGGAGCUGAUGGGACACCAGCUGGAGGCGCACCGCUCCCUUUGCCAGGCCAAGAAGAAGCGCUAGGACUGCACUCCUUGCACCAGCCAAAUACUGAAGCUAGCCAUUCCGUUAUAUUUAUAUCUUUGUAUCCUUUAAUGUUUAAAGUUGAAUUUUCAUUUAUUGUUCUGUGAAUAAAAAGAAGUGUUAUAAGAUGCGC